UGAAGUUUGUUUUUGUAUUUUUUGUUUUGGUGUUAUUUACUUUGUAUAUUUCUUCAAUGAACUCUCCAACAUCUUCUCAUGCUUUUCAAGCUAUUGAGGGUCUUAAAGAUAAGUGGUAUCCUAAGAUUCAUGAUGGUGUAUACGAGGCUAUGAGGAGUCUUAGGGGUGAAGAUAAUAUCUUGAGAACAAUGGAGUUUAAGGAUUUUGCGAAGAUAUUUAUGGGUGGUAGUGAGUUUGUGGGAGAUAAUAUGGGUUUAAUGAAGUUAAACCAGACUUUUAUUAAUGAGGGAUUUAAAGAAGAAGAGAUGGUUGAAGAUGUUAACUUUGAAGAAGUGAGUGAUAAUUUGGGUGAAGUGGUGGAGCUACAGGGUGGAGAGAGUAAAGAUUUUGGUGAACUGAUAGAACUACAAGCUGGAGGAAGUGAAAACUUAGAGGGUUUUGAUCAGAUUGUUGAAGAUGUUAACUUUGAGAAAGUUGAUGAAGUGAUUGAUAAUUUGGGUGAAGUGGAGGAGCUACAGGGUGGACGGAGUAAAGAUUUUGGUGAAAUGGAAGAGCUACAAGCUAGUGAAAGUGAAAUAGUAGAGGGUUUUGAUCAGAUACUUGAGAAUGCUGAGUUGAAAGGGACAGAAGAAAAGGUAGAGAAGCUUGAAUCUUUUGAAGAUAAUCAAGAAAGUGAGGUUGUAAUGGAACCGGUUCAAGAAGUUAACAAUGUGGUGGCCGGGGGCUCGAAAAUGGUUGAAAGUGAACGCAUCACUGACAUUGAAACUCUCAAUUCUGAAGCAGAGAGUAGUUCGAAGGAGGGGCUUAUGGAGCAAAUUGAAAUGAUCAGUUUCAUGGCUGUGGUGGGUGUUGCUCUACUUUUCGUGGUUAAGGUAUCUUUGUUAAUGGCUUUUAACCUUACGAAGAGAAAUAUUAGAAAGGAAACUCCUCCAAUCAUUAGGCCUUGCAGUAAUGAAUCUGGGGUAAUGGAGAAAUGCAACCCAGAAAUUCCUAAAGAGAGAGAGGAGCAUGCCAAAUGUGUCGAUUCUUUUUCGAGUGCUAUCCCCUUGGUUAAUUCCAUAGUGGCAGAUUCUAAAGAUACGAACCAAAGCCGAGGGCCAUCGAUUGAAUUGCUAGCUGAAUUUGAGGUGGGGGAGAUAAGUUUCUCUCUUAGAAGUUGUGGUAUGAAAAAAAGUAGGAUUGAAGAAAGUGAAGUGAGCAGCCAUUCUGUUCCCUUGGACAAGGAGUUUGGUAAUUGCAGCAAGGCUCACUCAGUUUCUAGUCAUGAAAAUUUCUCUGAGUUCUCUGCCAUGAACUCCUUUUCCUAUGCAUACAUUACCCCUGAGAAGAAAAUUUCAAAGAAAGAGGAUGUUCGAGAUGGGGAGGCAAAGAAGGUGGUUAUAACUCCAGUGAGGAGAUCAAGCAGACUCCGAAACCGCGCAAUCACAUCUCCAUGAAUGCUUCUCACUUGCAGCCAUAAGAAACAGCACUCUCUGUUGUUUCCAUAUUAAAGCCUGUUUCCACUGAGAAUCAUUGCAGAAAAUGCUGACUUACUUUGUAGGAGCUGAUCAAUAUUGUAGCUUAUCCAAACUUACGUUGCCUAUCAAGAUAAUGAUAAUCAAUUAAUCCCCAAUUCCUUUUA